GGUUAUGUUGUUCACAACACAAACCACACGUUCUAUGGCUGCAUGUGGAUGUGGCAAUCUGACGACGUGUCUUUGCUCAGCAGUUGUCAAUUUUGCUGCAGCGGGAACCUUCGACUUUUAUAAAUACUGACUGUUGAUCACAUUGCCAUGAUGUUGCAGAGGCUGGCCUUGUGUUCCAGUCUACGUUCCAGGAGCCUGCAAGCAAAUGUUUGCCCACGCUUUGCCAGGGCAGUGUCCCAAACCAAGUUCCCUGUCACCCAUUCUCCUGGGAAGUCAGCAGCGCACCGCAGUGAGCUCAGACAGGCCAAGCGCAUUGUGGUGAAAUUGGGCAGUGCUGUGGUGACGCGGGGAGAUGAGUGUGGCUUGGCCCUCGGGCGUCUCGCCUCCAUUGUGGAGCAGGUGGCCGUGCUGCAGAACCAAGGCAGGGAGAUGAUGAUUGUCACCAGUGGGGCCGUUGCUUUCGGAAGGCAGAGACUGAGACACGAGAUCCUGCUAUCUCAGAGCGUCAGACAAGCCUUGCACUCUGGACAGAACCAACUCAAAGAAAUGUCACUUCCAGUUCUGGAGGCCCGGGCGUGUGCAGCUGCUGGACAGAGUGGCUUGAUGGCUCUGUAUGAAGCUAUGUUCACCCAGUACAGCACCUGCACUGCACAGAUCCUUGUGACGAAUCUCGACUUCCACGAUGAGCAGAAGCGUCGCAACCUGAACAGCACCCUCCACGAGCUGCUGCGCAUGAACAUAGUGCCCAUCAUCAACACCAAUGACGCAGUUGUACCGCCCCCUGUUCCAAACAGUGACCUUCAGGGGGUAAUACACAUCAAGGAUAACGACAGCUUGGCUGCAAGACUGGCUGUUGAAAUGAAAGCAGACCUUCUUAUUGCUCUAUCUGAUGUUGAAGGAUUGUAUGACAGCCCCCCAGGAACAGAUGAUGCUAAACUCAUCGAUAUCUUCUACCCCGGAGACCAGCAGUCUAUCAGAUAUGGCUCAAAGUCCAAAGUGGGCAUUGGGGGCAUGGAGGCAAAGGUGAAGUCUGCUCUGUGGGCGCUUCAGGGUGGCACGUCGGUCGUCAUUGCCAAUGGCACCGACCCCAAAGUCACGGGCCACGUCAUCACAGACAUAGUGGAGGGAAAGAAAGUGGGCACAUUCUUCUCUGAGGUCAAGCCUGCUGGUCCCACUGUGGAGCAGCAGACAGAAAUGGCCAGGCAGGCAGGCAGGACUCUGGCCACUCUUCACCCAGAUGAGAGAGGGGAGAUAAUUUGCCGUCUGGCUGACCUGCUGACAGAGAAGAAGGAUGAGAUCCUCAGUGCCAACAAGAGAGACAUGGAGACUGCAGCAUCAUCAGGCCGUCUCUCCCAACCCCUGCUGGCAAGGUUGAGUCUGUCCACAUCGAAGCUGAACAGCCUAGCCAUAGGCCUGCGUCAGAUUGCUGUAUCGUCCAGGGACAGCGUGGGGCAGGUGCUCCGCAGGACCAGAGUCGCCAACAACCUGGAGCUCGAACAGAUCACUGUGCCCAUCGGGGUCCUGCUGGUCAUCUUUGAGUCCCGACCCGACUGCCUUCCUCAGGUGUCAGCUCUGGCUAUUGCCAGUGGAAAUGCUCUGUUACUGAAGGGGGGAAAAGAAGCGGCCAACACCAACCGUAUCUUGCAUCAGCUGACCCAGGAGGCGCUCUCUAUCCACGGGGUGAAGGAUGCUAUUCAGCUGGUGAGUACCCGUGAGGAGGUGGAGGACCUGUGUAGACUAGAUAAGAUGAUAGACCUGAUCAUCCCUCGAGGCUCGUCCCAGCUGGUCAGAGACAUCCAGAGAGCUGCCAAGGGCAUCCCUGUGCUGGGACACAGUGAGGGCAUCUGCCAUGUCUACAUUGACUCUGAGGCUUGCAUCGAAAAGGCUAUUGACAUCAUCAAAGACUCUAAAUGUGACUACCCUGCAGCCUGCAAUGCCAUGGAGACCCUACUCCUCCACAGAGAUCUACUGAGGACACCUCUGUUUGACCAGAUUAUAGAUAUGCUUAGAGUGGAACAGGUGAAGAUCCAUGCAGGCCCCAGGUUUGCCUCCUACCUGACUUUUAGCCCAUCUGAGGUGAAGUCUCUGAGGACAGAGUACGGGGACCUGGAGUGCUGCAUUGAGGUGGUGGAUAGUAUGCAGGACGCCGUGGACCACAUCCACAAAUACGGCAGCUCCCACACAGAUGUCAUUGUUACAGAUAACGAGAAUACAGCUGAACAGUUCAUGCAGCAGGUGGACAGUGCCUGUGUUUUCUGGAACGCUAGCUCUCGCUUUGCAGAUGGAUACAGAUUUGGUCUUGGUGCGGAGGUUGGCAUCAGCACAGCUCGGAUCCAUGCGAGGGGCCCAGUGGGUCUGGAGGGGCUGCUGACCACCAAGUGGGUCCUCCGGGGUGAGGGGCACACAGUGGCAGAGUUCUCAGAGGCGGGCAGUAUGAAGUACCUUCAUGAGAACAUCCCUGUUCCUCAGAGAUUCCCCAGCUAGGAACCACAGUCAGUCACAGAACCCUCCAAUACAGGAACUGUCAUGUAAAAGUGGGAAGUGAAAACCUUAAAGUUCAUUUUUAUGAGUAGGGCUUAAAUUGCAACCUUAUAUAUGGAUCUGUAUGUGACUGUGGGGGUCAACAAACCACUUUCAGAUACCACAUACAUGAAAGCAGCAGGAGACUGUUUUGUAUCUGCUACAGUGUCUGAGCGUGUAAAGCAUUAAGAUGACCUGGAAAUUAAAGAAGAGGUGGUGAAAUGUUGCACAGGAAAGCAAAUGGUCAAAGUAUACGUGUGUGUGUACGAUAUAUAUAUAUAUAUAUAUAUACAAAAGUAUGUGGAGGCCUGUUCCAGUGAGUGGAUUCAGCUUUUUCAGCCAUACCCGUUGCUGACAGGUGUAUAAAAUCGAGCACACAGCCAUGCAAUCUCCAUAGCCCAAAUUGGCAGUAGAAUGGCCUUACUGAAGAGCUCAGUGACCUUCAAUGUGGCACCGUCAUAGGAUGCCACCUUUCCAGGUAGUUAGUCAACGUUCUGCCUUGCUAGGGCAAUGUAAGUGCUGUCAUUGUGAAGUGGAAACUUCUAGGAGCAACAACGGCUCAGCCGCGAAGUGGUAGGCCUCACACGUAAAAAUCUUCUGUCCUGCAACAUUCCCUAACGAGUUCCAAACUGCCUCUUGAAGCAACGUCUGCACAAGCACUGUUCGUGGUAAUUAGCCCAGUGUGGUCUGGGUUAGGAGGGGGUUUGGCAGGCUGAGAUUUUGCUGUCCCAUCGUGCUCUUGUGACACGGUCGCUAGGUGUACGGUGUUUCCUCCGACACAUUGGUGCAGCUGGCUUCCAGGUAAAGCGGGCAUUGUGUCAAGAAGCAGUGCGGCUUGGCUGGGUCGUGUUUUGGAGGACGCACGGCUCUCGACCUUCGCCUCUCCCGAGUUGCAGCGAUGGGACAACACUAUAACUAACAAUUGGAUACCAUGAAAUUGGGGAGAAUUUUUAUGUCUUGCGGGCUGGAAUGAAGUUCCGGAGGGCAGAUUACGUGCCCCCUCCCCCCCUUUCUGUUUCAGCAUGACAAUGCCACCUUGCACAAAACCAGGUCUAUACAGAAAUGGUUUGUUGAGAUCGGUGUGGAAGAACUUGACUGGCCUACACAGAGCCCUAAACUGAACCCCAUCGAACACCUUUGGAAUGAAUUGGACCGCAGACUGGGUGCCAGGCCUAAUUGCCCAACAUCAGUGCCCGACCUCCCUAUUGCUAUUGUGGCUGAAUUGAAGCAAAUCCCUGCAGCAACGUUCCAACAUCUAGUGGAAAGCCUUGCCAGAAGAGUGGAGGCAGUUACAGCAACAAAGGUGGGACCAACUCCAUAUUAAUGCCUAUGCUUUUGGAAUGAGAUGUUCAACGAGCAGUUGUCCACUUACCUUUGGUCAUGUAUUGUGUGUGUGAAAAAAAUGUAAGAAUGUGAAAUGUCAGAAUAAUUGUAGAGACAAGGAUUAAUUUUUUCACAUUCCCAGUGGGUCAGAAAUUUACAUGCACUCAAUUAGUAUUUGGUAGCAUUGCCUUUAAAUUGUUGAACUUGGGUCAAACGUUUCGGGUACCCUUCCACAAGCUACCCACAAUAAGUUGGGUGAAUUUUGGCCCAUUCCUCCUGACAGAGCUGAUGUAACUGAGUCAGGUUUGUAGGCCUCCUUGCUCAUCCACGCCUGUUCAGUUCUACCCACAAAUGUUAUAUGGGAUUGAGGUCAGGGCUUUGUGAUGUCCACUCCAAUACCUUGAAUUUGUUCUCCUUAAGCCAUUUUUCCACAACUUCGGAAGUAUGCUUGGGGUCAUUGUCCAUUUGGAAGACCCAUUUGCGACCAAGCUUUAACUUCCUGACUGAUGUCUUGAGAUGUUUCUUCGAUAUAUCCACAUAAUUUUCCAUUCCUCGUGAUUCCAUCAAAUGUGUGAAGUUCACCAGCCCCUCCUGCAGCAAAGCACCCCCACAACAACGUGAUGCUGCCACCCCCGUGCUCCACGGUUGGGAUGGUAUUCUUCGGGUUGCAAGCCUCCCCCUUUUUCCUCCAAACAUAUCUAUGGUCAUUAUGGCCAAACGGUUGAAUUUUUGUUUCAUCAGACCCCAGGACAUUUCUCCAAAAAGUAUAAUCUUUGUCCCCAUGUGCAGUUGCAAAUCGUAGUCUGUCUUUUUUUAUGGCGGUUUGGAGCAGUGGCUUCUUCCUUGCUGAGCAGCAUUUAUAGGAUAUAUAUAUAUCCACAUAUAUAUAUGUGGAGAUAGAUACUUUUGUACCUGUUUCCUCCAGCACCUUCAAGGUCCUUUGCUGCUGUUCUGGGAUUGAUUUGCACUUUUCGCACCAAAGUACGUUAAUCACUAGGAGACAGGAUGCGUCUCUUUCCUGAGCGGUAUGACUGCGCCGUGGUCCCGUGGUGUUUUCAUUUGCGUACUAUUGUUUGUACAGAUGAACGUGGUACUUUCAAGUAUUUGGAAAUUGCUCCCAAGGAUGAACCAUGACUUCUUUUGAUUUUUCCACGAUGUCAAGCGAAGAGGCACUGAGUUUGAAGGUAGACCUUGAAAUACAUCCACAGUUACUCCUCAAAUUGACAUAAAUUAUAUAAAUGAACCAAUUAGAAGCUUUUAAAGCCAUGACAUUGUCUGGACUUUCCAAGCUGUUUAAAGGCACAGUCAACUUACUGUAUGUAAACUUCUGACGCACUGGAAUUGUGAUACAGUGAAUUAUAAGUGAAAAAUGACUUGUUAUGCACAAAGUAGAUGUCCUAACCGACUUGCCAAAACUAUAGUUUGUUAACAAGAUAUUUGUGGAGUGGUUGAAACACCUAGGUUGGAAUCAUUGAAACUAGGUUAUGUAAACUUCCAACUUCAACUGUACAUGCAGGCAGUACCAGUCAAAACUUUGGACAGACCUAAUAAUUCCAGGGCUUUUCUUUAUUUUUACUAUUUUCUACAUUGUAUAAUAAUUGGAAAGACCUCAAUACUAACACAUAUGGAAUCAUGUAGUAAUAAAAAAAAAUGUUAAACUAAUCUAAAUAUAUUUUAGAUUCUUCAAAUUAGCCACUCUUUGCCUUGAUGACAGCUUUGCAUACUCAUGGCAUUCUCUCAACCAGCUUCAUGAGGAAUGCUUUUCCAACAGUCUUGAAGGAGUUCCCACAUAUGCUGAGCACAUGUUGGCUGCUUUUCCUUCACUCUGCGGUCUAACUCCUCCCAAACCAUCUCAGUUGGGUUGAGGUCGGGUGAUUGUGGAGGUCAGGUCAUCUGAUGCAGCACUCCAUCACUCUCCUUGGUCAAAUAACCCUUACUUAGCCUGGAGUUGUUGGGUCAUUGUCGUGUUGAAAAACAAAUGAUAGUCCCACUAAGCGCAAACCAGAUGGGAUGGAAUAUUGCUGCAGAAUACUGUGGUAGGCAUGCUGGUUAAGUGUGCCUCAAUUUCUAAAUAAUUCACUGACUGUGUCACCAGCAAAACACCAUCACACAUACGUUCACCUACUAGUCUCGAGACACAGCGGUUGGAACCAAAAGCCUAAUUUGUACUAAUCAGACCAAAGGACAGAUUUCCACCGGUCUAAUGUCCAUUGCAUGUUUCUUGGCCCAAGCAAGUCUCUUCUUCUUAUUGGUGUCCUUUUAGUAGGUGUUUCUUUGCAGAAAUUCAACCAUGAAGGCCUGAUUCAUGCAGUCUCCUCUGAACAGUUGAGGUGUCUGUUACUUUUAAGUUUUAUUUAACGAGGGAAGUCAGUUAAUUAAGAACAAAUUCAUAUUUACAAUGACUGCCUACCACGGCCAAACCCGGACGACACGGGGCCAAUUGUUCGCCGCCCUAUGGGGCUCCCAAUCACGACCGGGUGUGAUGCAGCCUGGAUUUGAACCAGGGACUGUAGUUGGACUGCAGAGUGAAGAAUAGCAGCCAACAAGUGCUCAGCAUAUGUGGGAACUCAUUCAAGACUGUUGGAAAAACAUUCCUCAUGAAGCUGGUUGAGAGAAUGCCAAGAGUGUGCAAAGCUGUCAUCAAGGCAAAUGGUGGCUACCUUGAAUAAUCUAAACUAAUAUAUUUUGAUUUAACACUUUUUUGGGGUUACUACAUGUGCAUGUGUUAUUUCAUAAUUUUGAUGUCUUCACAAAAUAGUAAAAAUAAAGAAAAUCCCUUCAACGAGUAGGUGUGUCCAAUCUUUUAACUGGUACUGUGUGUGUGUAUAUAUACACCUAAAUAUUUCUCUCAACAAAAAUAUAAACGCAAUGAUUUUACUGAAUUACAGUUCAUAUAAGGAAAUCAAUAAAUUGAAAUACAUUUAUUUGGCCCAAUCUAUGGAUUUCACAUGACUGGGAUGGGAUGCAGCCAUGGAUGGGCCUGGGAGGGCAUAGCCCCAUCCACUUGGUAGACAGGCCCACCCACUGGGGAGCAAGGCCCAGCCUAACAGAAAUUUUAAAAAAGCUCCACAAAAGGGCUUUAGUACAGACAAAUACUCCUCAGUUUCAUCAGCUGUCCAGGUGGCUGAUCUCAGACGAUCCCGGGUGUGGAGGUCCUAGGCUGGUGUGGUUCCACAUGGUGUGCAGUUGUGAGGCCGAUUGUACGUAGUUCCACAUUUUCUAAAACGAUGUUGGAGGCAGCUUAUAGUAGAGAAAUUAAUAUUCAAAUCUCUGGCAACAGCUCUGGUGGACAUUCCUGCAGUCAGCAUGCCAAUUGCACAUUUCCUCAACUCACCUCUGUAGCGUUGGCCUUAUUUUCCCCAGCACAAGGUGCACCUGUGUAAUGAUCGUGCUGUUUAAUAUGCCUCACCUGUCAGGAGGAUGGAUUAUAUUGUCAAGUGUGUAACGCUCACUAACAGGGAUGUAAACAAAUGUGUACACAAUUUGAGAGAAAUAAGCUUUUUGUGUGUAUGGAACAUUUCUGGGAGUUUUCAUUUCAGCUCAUGAAACAGGGGACCAACCGUUUACAUUCCCCUGUUUUAUAUUUUUGUUCAGUGUAUAUAUCCAUUCAUUCGCCGUGUGUGUCUGACAAUCCCCUGCACUAGGUCUCGGCAGAAUGUUUUGUAUAGUGACCACAAGAGGUUGGACAUUUUGUGCAAGUUGUGCCUCCCCCUCCACUCAUAAAUGUUUAUGGUAAAAUAAUUUGUAAUCAUGAUUGGUUACUGGCCCUAUUUGAUUUGACUUUUUUUUAUUUUUUAUAUAAACUUUUUUUCCCCUUCUGUUUUUCAUGUUUAUGGUCACAUGUUUGCUGUCAGUACAGGUCCAUAGUGAAAGUUUGUUAUCUUUGGUUCCUCAUGCCACAGAUUCUUUGAAUAAUAAAGAUGAUGUACAGUUAGGUA